AUGAGUAUAGACUUUAAGAUCAAGCAUGCAGGUAAGGUUUACGAGGUUACAGUUCCCGAGGGAUCUAAGGGCUCGGACCUACAAUUGAAAGUUGAGGAGCUGACACAAGUUCCAAGGGCUCGUCAAAAGUAUAUGCUGAAAGGUGGCUUGUCAAGUGAAUCUAUUUUAGAUGGUUUGAUUAAGCCAGGUCAAACCGUUAUGCUUUUAGGUACGCCAGAUGCCAAUCUGGUAACAAAGCCAAAGAAAGAGAACAGAUUUAUUGAAGAUUUGGACCCAAAUGCUCAGCAACAACAAUUGUCUCAACUGCCAAUUGGGUUCAAAAACUUAGGAAAUACUUGUUACAUGAACUCUACUUUGCAAGCAUUGUAUCAAAUCACUCCCCUAAGAGACCAGAUUUUAAAUUUCAAGGCAGGCGAUCACUCCCCGGCUGAUGAUCCACAUUUCUUGCUUGUGACAGAAUUGAAAAGGUGCUUCCAAAUGCUGAGAGAUAAGCCUCAGGAAUCUGUUACACCAAUAUUACUGUUGGCCAUGCUUAGAAAGUGUUACCCACAGUUUGCCGAGCGUGACCAGCAAUCUGGAAUUUACAAGCAGCAAGAUGCAGAAGAACUUUUCACCCAGCUUUUCCACUCUUUGCGGGUUGUAUUUGGCGAUGACUUGAUGCAAAAGUUUCAGAUUAAUUUUAGAACGACGAUUAAGGAUACAGCAAACGAGCAAGAUAUUACAGUUAAAGAAGAUGAUCACGAUCUGAAAUUGCAAUGUCACAUUUCUGGGACUACCAAUUUCAUGAAGAAUGGUCUUGCGGAAUCUUUGAACGAGAAGAUCGAAAAGCGUUCUUCUAUUACCGGUGUGAACUCUAUAUUUGAUGUUCAAAAGCAAAUAACCAAAUUGCCUGAAUACUUAACAGUCCAAUACGUAAGGUUUUUUUGGAAAAAGUCUACAGGGAAAAAAUCCAAGAUUUUGCGGAAGGUGGUUUUCCCUUUCCAACUUGAUGUGUGUGAUUUGCUAGCUUCUGAUUACGCGCAAGACAAAAUCAAGGCAAGGGAUGAGUUGCGUGAAGUUGAAAAGGAAAAGUUAGAAAACGACCGAGAGUUGAAGAGACGGAAAUUAAAUGGUGACAAAAGUAAUGACGAAGUAUCAGAAACCCCACGUGAGAAAUUCGAAACUGAAAAAGCACUGGAGCAAAGUAAUAAGGAACACUGGUUGGAGGAGUUCAAGAAGAAAUUUCCUUCCAACCUGAAACCAGGUGAAAAUCCCUCAUCGGUUUAUGAUCUGGUCGGGGUUAUCACACAUCAGGGUCCAAAUUCCGAAAGUGGGCAUUAUCAGGCUUUCAUUCGCGACGAAUUCGACGAUAACAAAUGGUACAAAUUCAACGAUGAUAAAGUCACUGCGGUCGAAAAAGAGAAAAUCGAAUCUUUGGCUGGAGGCGGUGAAAGUGACAGCGCUUUGAUCCUGAUUUACAAGGGCUUUGGUUUGUAA